CAUUAUUUAGUUCAACUGCAUCCAUCAAGUAUUGUAAGGUGCUUAUACUGCGGCGGCCACGUUUAUUUCUAUAUACGAUUUGAAACAUUGGACACUGAAGUCUAUCACUACUGCUCAUCGCGGAAACAUAAGUGACAACAUGGCAGAUGCGAACGUGACCGUGACCGAGACCAAUCUUGCCGACGAAAACAUGCAAUUUGAAACAAUAUCUGAGGAUUCGGAAACAUCUGAUUAUUCCGAUCAUGAUAAUGAUGUAUGUGAAACCCAUGAGAAUGGUACACAGGUACAGGCACAGGCUCCAGACAAAGAUACAGCAGCAGGCCGUCACUUGGAGGAUACAUUUGAAUCCCAAUGCAUGCAACUGGCCAAAGUAGAAGCGAAUGAAGCGGGUUUGGUUGAGAAUACCGAAAACGGUACAGCAGUCCAACUGCAAUUGCAACAGCAACUACAAACACAAUCACAAUCAAAGACAACGGGUCAUCCGAACUAUGGGUUUGGAAAGCGCUGGUCAAAAUCGGAAGACGUUUUGCUUAAAUCAUUGGUUGAGAAGCAUGGCGAAUGCUGGAAUAUUAUUGGAACACACUUUAAGGAUAGGCUCGAACAACAAGUGCAACAACGAUGGGCGAAAGUGCUAAACCCCGAGCUCAUCAAAGGCCCUUGGACACGGGAUGAAGAUGAGAAAGUCAUCGAGCUAGUAAGACGCUUCGGUCCCAAGAAGUGGACACUGAUUGCUCGAUAUCUGAAUGGUCGAAUCGGUAAGCAAUGUCGAGAGCGUUGGCAUAAUCAUCUUAAUCCAAAUAUCAAGAAAACAGCUUGGACUGAAGAGGAGGACAAAAUCAUUUACAAUGCCCACAUCAAGUUAGGAAAUCAAUGGGCCAAAAUUGCAAAACUUUUACCAGGACGUACAGAUAACGCCAUUAAAAACCACUGGAAUUCAACAAUGCGCCGUAAAUACGAUGCUGAACGUCGAACUGUUAAUCCGGCCACUGGCGGUGAUUUAAAAAGCUCACGCACUCAUCUAAUCACAUUAAUUAAAGCUGGUGGCAUCGGUAAGUGCUCACAAGCUUUAUAUUGCAAGCUAGCCCAGUUAAAUGGUAUUUCUAAUUCAAAUGCAACAAUAACUUGCAAUAAAUUAGACUUGUGCUAUAAAGAUAAAAAACAAGAGGAAGAUGCUGGUAAGGAUGUUGUGCAGGCUAAUGAUAUCACUGGAUCUACCAACAAUCGGAAUGCUGCUCAGACCACCACUAUAAGCUAUAUAGAUGAUGAACGUGCAUGUGAAAGACAUGAACAUGGUAAAGGAAAAGGCAUGUCUAUAGCAGCUCGAACUCUUCUUCAGUACGCUGAUCGGAAACUUAGUAGGCCAACCCCUAACAUACUGAAACGAUCCCGAAAACACAAUUCUAUCGAUGUACCGAAAAGUCAACAUAGCAGCAGUUGCUCGGAUGCACUGAAAGGCGACUUAAAAGCUGCCAAGCUGCCAGAAUCACCAAUUAUAACUCCUAUCAAAUCGCUACCCUUUUCGCCGAGUCAAUUUUUGAAAUCGCCUUGUCUUACAACUUUUGAAGAUAUGAAUUUACGAGCAAGCACUCCAGUCACUAAAAUAUACAACCGCGUGGGAAUGGAAAUCAAGAAAGAGCUGGAAUCAUCAUCAAUUGAAACACCACAUAAAAGUAUAGUUGGUCUUCGGACUCCAACCCCAUUUAAAAAUGCUCUCGCUGCCAUUGGCAAAAAGCGAGACGGUCGCUUCUAUGUUCCAUCCAGCCCAUCGAGUCUGGUUGAGGAUCUUGCUGAAAUUAUUAACGAAGAACAGAUGAUCGAUUCUUCCGAAAUCAACUCCAGCAAAUGUGGCACCGAAAAUGUUGAACGCGUAGACCUGUUGUCUGACCUUGAGUAUUCAUCAAAUGCUCUUUCGCAUAUAAGCGUCCAUUCGCCGGCAUCGAAACGUGCUAGGAAAUCAUUGCUUCCUAGUUGGACCGCAAACAUACAAUAUGGAAAAAAAACUCAUCCAUUUGAAACGGAGACACCAAGCAAAUUUCUAACUUCGGGUCAAUCGGUUGCACAUUUUUCCCCAAGCAAUGUUAUGAAGGACACAUUAUGCAGUGGACACGAUCUACUUUUCGACGAAGGCAAAAAAGAAAAUAGGCCGUACUGUCAUAGGCAUCUUCCGACUACAAUUGCGAAUGACAAUCUACUAGAUCCAAAAUGGGCCCGAGUUGCUUGUGGCAAAACCAAAGAUCAAAUAUUUAUGGAGAAGCAAGCAUAUGCAUGUCUUCAGAAUCUCGCAUUAAUGCCACGAUCUUUAAAUUUUGAGAAGCAAAAAUGAAUUCAUAAUAAAUGCGAAAAUAAUUCGAAAAAUCAUGUAUCUCUGUCUUCCAAGUAAAUAUCGCACCUAAACGAAACUAACAUAUCGCACAAAUUUAAAA